AUGACCAGAACUCCACCCCCUGUGGCGUCGGCAGGGCGGCUGGCUGACUUUCAAAAGAACACGCUGGCUGCCACGACGCCCAUGGAGGUACUCAACCAAACCGAGGAAGCCGUAGCCCUCAUCACGGAAUCUGCUAAGCACGUUGAUGCCAAUCUCACAACUAAACUCAGCACUCUGGCACAGGCUCUCAGACGAGAAUCCAACAAAGUGCGUGGACUCAAACCCAUGCCCGACCUAAUCAUCGAUAUCGAAGAAGGAGCCGACCUAACUGGACCUGACCUAACCAGGUCCGACUUAACCAGGGCCGACCUAACCAGGUCCGACUUAACACCCAGGGCCACGAGGGUCGGGCCCGGGAAUGCAAGGAGCCCCUUGCAACCUUCGAACGCCACGCCCCAACCACCCCAUUCUACACUACUAUCCAAUCCCACACCUAAUGUUACACUACCACCCAGUGCUGCCGGUGCUGCACUACUAUCAGCUAAUGCUGUAACGCCUGGUGCCACACUACCUGCCACACAGCACGCUAACGCGCUGCGGGGGCUGGUCGUCAGCCGUGCAUCUGGGCAGGUGCAUGGUCCGGAAGUUGUGUCGAUUCCCAUGCCGGCGGACGCGCCGGCUCGCACGCCGGGAAUGCUGACGGUCACCCCUGCGAGUCCUCGGGCGGCGACAGCCAAGCGAUCCCCGCCGGGCGCCGCGCUCUUGGCCGCGUCCGCGCAGCCUUCCGGCGCCGGGGCAGGACCCGCCGGCACCGGGGCAGGACCCGCCGGCACCGGGGCAGGACCCGCGGCGGUUCCUGGGUCUGUAGCGGGUCAGCUGCGCCCCGGCGGCCUAGACGAGCCUUUGACGACCGAUUGGGGCCGUGCCUCCUUCGACCUAUUCGAGCCGCCCUUCCAGAGCCAAGCCCGGGACCAGCGACCAAGGACCCAACUACAACCAGGCUCUGGACCGGGACCGGCAUCCGGGUCUGGACCAGGACUAGGACUGGGACCAGGACCGGGCAAGACACGCGUGCCAGCGUACCUAAAGCCGACGGCUGCGUCCACCGAGCGGUCGCCGGGCCGCAAACCGCCGCCACCCGGACAGCAGCCACCGGCGGCUUCGCCAGCGGCGCCUUCGCCGCUCUCCGGUUCCGGACCGAGUUCCUCGCCGACAUCGCUCCUAGGCGCCGCGGUACCGGAGCCGCCCGGCUUGGUCGAGGACCAGGGGGGACACAAAGACCCGGGACGCGGUAGUCGUGUGCGAUCGCAUCGCACACGCUCGCAACCAAGAACCGGACCCUACUAUGCUGCCUAUGACCCCAGCAACCAAGCGACCAACCCGAGCCCGACGGCCAACCCGAAUCAAAUGACUACCUCGAAUCCAAUGACCCGCCCUGGCUCGAUCACUGGUCCGGCGAGUGGAUCAACGAGCGGUCCGGUGAGUGGUGAAGCGUAUGGUUCUCAGAUGCAGUACGGUCCGCAGGGUUAUCAAAUGAGUGGUGGCCAAAUGGGGAGUCAAGCGGGUUACCUACCGUAUGCGCAGUCCGGUGCGAUGCCCUAUCCCGUGGCUGGUUAUGCGGCGGGGUACGGGCCCGCGGGAGGGUUCAGUGGUCCUCAAUUUUACGGUGGUUGGUCGACCCAGCCGCCGUAUGCUCAGCCACCCUACGGACAAUACCUCCAGCAACCAGGUUACGGUAACGGACAGCCAGGCUAUGGUGCUGGACAACCCGGCUAUGGAACCGGGCAACAGGCCUAUGGGUUUGCCCCGUCCUUCGACUAUUACGGCACCGCGAAUCACAUGAUGACCCGCGGCUUUAACCCCAACCCUACGCUCCAGCCGCCCGCAACUACGUUUGUGGGCGAACCGAUCAUUGGGCCCAACGGCGGCUAUAACUCGCCCCACUCUUCCGCAGUGCGCCUGGAAGAAAACCAGUUUCGCCCACAGUAA